AUGAAACUGAUUCUGCUCUUUAUUCUUCUGGCUGCUGGACUGGCCACUGGCCACCGGAGCCCUCUGAAUGACUUCCAGCGCUCUGAGGGUAGGGAGCUGGUCCCUACCUCCUGGAACUCUGCUCGGAUGCAGCUGUUGCCUGGUUUGAGCCUGGAGGAUUGUGCCACCCGCUGCUCACAGUCACUGGACUGCAGAGCUUUCAACUAUGAGACUCGCCCGACGGUCACCUGUAAGCACCUGCCCUGGGUGGCCGACGUGAACAACGCAGAGGUGAAGAGAAACGUCAACUGUGACCUUUACGAGAAGAAAGUGUAUGUAAGGAAGUGCAUUGUGGGUAAAGGGGAAGAUUACCGAGGGAAAGUCUUCACCACAAAGAGUGGACUCCUCUGCCAACAGUGGUGGUCGAAGUUUCCUCACGACCACAGGUGGACUCCUUCAGCAAACAACGGUUUGGAGCUGAACUACUGCAGGAACCCGGACGGGGAUCGAAUCGGUCCGUGGUGCUACACCGUCGACCACGAGCGACGCUACGAGAGCUGCAACAUCCCCCAAUGCAAAGACGACGUGUGCAUCACGUGUAACGGAGAGGACUACAGAGGACAGGUUGAUCACACUGCCAGCGGUAGAGAGUGUCAGCGAUGGGACCAGCAGCAGCCUCACCAGCACAUCUACCAACCUGAAAAGUAUCCUGAUAAGAGUUUAGAUGAUAACUACUGCCGUAACCCCGACGCCUCUCCGGUGCCCUGGUGUUACACCACAGAUCCUGAGGUAGAGAGGGAGAACUGUGACAUCAGCAAAUGCACUGAAGGCCAGGUGAAGAACAGGCAGCGCUCCAGCUUCACCACCAACUGUUUCCGUGGUCGUGGGGAGGAUUACCGCGGCAAAGUUAACGAGACGACGUCAGGAAUCCCUUGCCAGCAGUGGGACGCGCAGUCCCCUCAUCGGCAUCCCUUCUUCCCAAACACAUACGAGUGCAAAGGUUUGGAAGAGAACUACUGCCGCAACCCAGAUGGAUCCGAGGCUCCGUGGUGUUUCACAUCACUUCAGGAUAGGAGAACGGCCCUUUGCUUGCAGAUCAAACGUUGUGCCGAUGACAUAGAAGUUGAAGACUGCUACCAUGAAAAUGGAAAAAACUAUAAAGGUGUUGUCCGCAAAACUCGUAAAGGUGUCGCCUGCCAAAAAUGGAACAUCAACACGCCUCACCAGACCAAGAUAAACCCACGGACACACCCUGAGGCCAAUCUGACGGAGAAUUAUUGUCGCAACCCUGACGGGGACCAGCACGGACCCUGGUGCUACACCACUGACCCCAAAACUGAGUUUGACUACUGUGCCAUAAAACAGUGUUCCGGAGAGAAAGUGCCCCUGACGGAAACAGUAGAGGAGGUGGAGUUCAGUGAAUGUGGAAAAAGGGACAACCGCUUCCCAGCGACUCGGCUGCGCAUCGUGUAUGGCAUUCCUGGUAAUUCUCCGUGGACUGUGAGCCUCAGAGACAGGAAAGGAAACCACUUCUGUGGAGGGUCUCUGGUGAAUCCCCGAUGGGUGAUCAGCACCAAGCAGUGUUUCUCUUCCUGCUAUGUGGAUCUGCCCGGGUACACUGCCAUGAUGGGAACACUUUUCCGUGACCCACAAGAAGAAGAGCCCGGCGUGCAAACCAUCCCUCUCACUAAGAUCGUGUGUGGACCAUCUGAGUCUCAGCUGGUCAUGCUACAACUGGAAUACCCUGCCCAGUUCAAUGAACGGGUCUCUCAGAUCUGUCUCCCUCCUGAGCGAUACAUAGUGCCUGAGGCGACUGAAUGUGAGAUUGCAGGAUGGGGUGACACAAAAGGGACUGGAAACGAGACUGUCCUCAAUGUGGCACAUUUGCCCGUUAUUAGCAACAAGGAAUGCAACAAAUACUUCAGGGGUCGUGUCCGUGAAAACGAGAUGUGCACAAACUCUUUCCAAGGUGGAGUCGGAGCCUGUGAGAGAGACUACGGCGGCCCUCUGGCGUGUCGGAACGGGGACUGCUGGGUACUUGAGGGCGUGAUCAUCCCCAUGAGGCGCUGCGGACACCCGGGGCAGCCCAACAUUUUCAUCCGCGUCUCUGUGUACGUCGACUGGAUCAAGAAGGUCAUGGAGAUGGCUUAG